AUGAAAUGUGACCCAAGUAGGCUCGGCUACAAGCGUCGUAGCGGCAGGAUCAAAACGCCGCCGUUGAACGCCGAAAGGCUUGCUCGCAUUCGUCGGUUUCUUGUUGAGAUGGUCAUGGCAAAGAGGGCAGAGGAUGCUGGGUUAGCAGUGAUCGUGUACAUGGAUGAGAGUUUUGUCCACCAGGCUCAUGGUUCCCCCUAUUCUUACUUUCCUUCGGACAAGAAUGGAGUUGUGCAGGAUGGGAUUGGUCGCACAACGGAGAAGGGCUUGCGCAUGAUCAUGGUGCAUGCAAUCACGAAGUGGGAGCCGUUGGCUAAGUUUUGUGAUGGUUUACCGAUCGAAGAGGGCUGGUUCAAGGAAACGGGUAGCGGCACGAAGGAAAUGAAAGAUGAGGAGACAGCAGAGUUUCUGUGGCAGGCUAAGUUGGCAAAGGGCGAUUACCACGCAGCAAUGACCGACUCGAUGUUCAUGGAGUGGCUUGAACACCGCCUUAGUCCAGCGUACAACGCGAUCCCUGAGUUCAAAGGCAGGCAGAUGAUUCUUGUUCUUGACAACGCCUCAUACCACCAUGGAUUUGACGCGGAAGUCAAAGUGCCGGAAACCAACACCAAGAAGCACAACGUCGAUCUGUUGCGUAUGUUUGGGGCCAAGUCGAUCAGGGUUAGGCGUAAGGAGGGCGAACAGGGCGUUUACAACUUCGAGGUACCGACAGAGCCUGGUUCUUCAUUCCCUGCAGGGAACAGGGAGGGCGGUGUAAGCAGAGCGGAGGUAGCAACGGCCACUCGGGAGUACAUCCACCUCAAUCACCCUGAAAGGCUCGAGGAACGGGUGGUGACGUUCAUGAGGAAAAAGGGGUGGGCGUUGAUUUGGACGCCGCCCUACAUGCCGUCCUUUCAACCGAUCGAGCUUUUUUGGCAGCAUGGUAAGCAGUACGUCAGCCUUAACUUUGAGUUGAAGCGAAAGAUGCGGGAGGUGUGGGUGCAGAUUCGUAAAGGUUGGUAGGAAUGGCCGGGCCAGGAGGGGGG